CAUAUACAUUCUCAACAAUUCUAUAAUGGGAAAAGAAAGAAUUAGCAAUUGCAUGGUCAUGUUUAAGGUUAUCAUGAGAAAGCUCAAGUCUCAUAUUCAACUUAUUCCCAAAUAUACCAAUAGGCAUCAAUUGGGUGUUGUGGAAACCCCAAGAGCAAAUGAAGAAGUUUUACCAAAUGAUGUUAAAGAAGGUUACUUUGCUGUAUGCUCAGUGAGUCCAGAAGAAGAGGCAAAGAGGUUUAUUGUAGAACUACAUUGGCUCAAUGACCCUUCAUUCUUGCAAUUACUCAAACAGGCUGAAGAUGAAUAUGGAUUCCAACAAAAGGGUGUUCUUGAAGUUCCUUGUCGCGCCGCGGAAUUGCAGAAGAUUUUGGAACUCAAUAUUGAAUGAAUUACCAGUUCUUGAUGUUCCUUCCAUGCUAGCUAUAGCUAGGUUAAACUUUUAAACUUUUUUUGUCCCAGUUUGUCUAAUUUCGACUUAGUUAUAUUAAUUAUAUAGUUUAGAAGUUUAUUUAUAUAUGGAUGUUUGUGCAAUAUUGACCAAGCAAAGAAUUUUUGAAUUAUGGUAUUGAGUUGACCUACAAUAAUAUGUACUUUGUAUAUCGAUUCUGUU